UUUAGCAACAGACUGCUAAAAUUACCGAAUCUUUUUCUCCGCUCCAUGGAUAACGACUCCAAAGCAAUUUUGAAUGGAAUUAAUUUGCGAUUGAAUGACAUUGACUUGAAACUAUCAUUUGUUCUGGAAUUGCUCACAAAUCGCCUACCCGAGAAGCCGUCAUCGAGAGAACAGUUGACGACACUGCAGCUCAUGCAUCCACAAUCUCAUCGUGAAACGAUGAAUGAUCGCAGAAGCAUCGUCUUCGCUAGGUUAAAAGAACAGCGGCGAGCUGAGCGGUCAUCGGCAUUUGCCGUGGAAGAUGCAAUUGGUGAAAUAGCUUUCGGCAAUACCGCUUCUUCGUUGCAACUAGACAGCAAUGAGAAAUCGGUCCAACGACAACAAGAUGGCAUAUUACCCGAAACAUCAUCCAUUUCUACCAGAGAUACAUCAGCAACGGCAUCAGCUGGUAUCCCAGCAACCAACGACAGCGAAGGUGAUGAAGAAGUUGAUGAUUAUGACGAUGAACUGGAUGAGGAUGUUGCAACAACAAAUCAGGAUCGUGAAGUGAAAAUAAUUCAUGCAGAAAGCAAUUUUCCGGAAGGAGCGGUACGGCGAGCUGCCGAAAAGGCAGCACGAAGUUUUCAAAGUACUCAACCAAAGGUUUUUGCAUGGCAAAUAUUACGAGAAUCAGUUACCGAUCAGGAACUUCGAAAUGUGCACAUCUCCUUAAGAACAUUUCAUGGUGAAACUGCAGAGCAUCUCUUAUCUCGGCAAUUACCAAAGAUACGUUUGGUAGUGGAAGCAACAAUGUCCUAUUUCAAAUGGGAUCAAUUGAGUGAUGAAAAUCAGUUAACCAAAGCUAAACUAUUAUUGAGUCAUCUAAAAAAUAACGCGAAGGUCCGAAAUUGGACUCUUAGAGAAGGACGUCCGAAUCGGAUAUCGAACACGAUGGAUGCGGUAUGGAAACGUUAUGCAGCUUUACUUGGACAAACCGGUCUUGCUACUGUCGGUUUAUUACCAAGCCACAUAAAUCAGCUCAAUCGAUAA